UACUUCUCUGAGAUGAUGAUAUAUCUGUGACAUUUUGUGCCUGGUAGGAGAGUGCGAAAUAUUGUGAAAUGCGUAUUUUUUAAAAGUGAAUUUUGGUGGUAGUAAAAUUGAUAGUGCUACGGGCAAAAACAUAACCCUCCUUCUGGCGCAGUCGGGUAAAAAGCAAUACUUCAUACUGCAAGGAUGGUGGCUGUUCAGAACGACGCAAAUGGGCCAGAGGACGGUGGGGGUGCCAGGUUCAGGCCUGAGCCCUCAUCAUACCUCAUGACGUUCAUGGAUAUAGUCAAUAUGAUCACUCACAUGACACUUGGAGCUGUGGCAUUUAUCACAAUUUUCCUUGGCAUUAUGUACGUCCCAGUGCUAAGGCAACAUAUAAUCCUGACUGUUGUUGGGUAUGUCAUCCUUAUGACUCAAUCGAUCCUCGUGCUCAGCUCCCACAACGGAUGGUCGAGGACCAUCAGGUAUAAGGACAGGAAAAUAGUCCACCUACUGAUGCAAGUCUUUGGUUCCAUCCUUGCCAUCGCUGGAAACAUAGUCGUCAUGGUCGAGAAGAAUGAACUUCAACACCACACAUGGUAUUUUAGGCUUAGUAGCGAUGAUAUUCACCAUAAUAAGUUUGGUUGGAGGGGCUUUCCAUCUCUACAUCCACUGCAUGCCUCGUGUGACCUGUCUUCUCCACUGCAUCAUCGGGGCAUUGACUAUGAUCAUCGGCUUCCUGGCCCUGAUAUUUGGCAUUGAGGAAACAUUCAGAACGGUGUUUGGCAAUGCUAGCACUAACCUGCUUAUCUGUUUGACGGUGAUGAGCCUUGUCGGCACUUUAUUACCUUGCUGUCUCAAACUUCAACGAGGAUGCUUUAAAUUUUGAAUAAUUUAUUUUAUUUUUAAUGUUAAUUUUAAUGUAGGUAGGUAAGUUAAAUAAUGAAAUUUUUAAUUUUCAUUUCGCGAAUCGAUUGAUAAUUCCAAUAUUCUGAGUCAUUCAUAUACAGUUUGACUAGUAUGCUUGUCUUUUCUUUAAAAAAAAUUGAGAUUACCCCUCGUAUAAUAAUAUUAUAAUUAUUUGAUUAGAUAUACCUUUUAUAUUGUUUUUAAGUAAAUAAUAUUGAUAAAGGUGAAGAUAAUCGUGUUACAGUAAUUAUAUCUCAUAUUUAUCUAUCGCGAUAAAUACCCAGGGAUUGACGAAUCAAAAAAUAUUUAUUGUACGAUUCAAGUAAGUAUACCUACUCGUAAUAGUAAAUUAUUAUUAAUCUUUUAGAUUUAAUAGGUAUGUUAUUUACGAGUACUUCAGUACUUGAGCGUUGUGUAUAAUAUUUUAUAGGGAGCUGUAUAUUUCUAUACAAGCCUUAAGAUUUGGUUGUUAAGUAAAAUAAAAACAAAAUUCAUCAUUUA